CUCGCUCGUCAGUGUGGAGCGGGUCGCGCGCAGACUUGCUCGUGCUCAGACAGACCGAUCCUUGAGAAUAAAAUAAACAAGCGGAGUUAUAAAUGAAAUAACACAAUAAAAUAGAAUAGAGAGUGAGAGAGAGGGUAUUAGCGAUGGAAUCCGCUGCAGUGAACUUUCAAUUCUCAUGCACAAGCUGGAAACUCUGAAGCGAAAAAUACCUGGGUAAAAAUAGCCUGCUGUGCUCGUGGUGUCUGUGGCUCUGAUGCUCCGGAUCGUCGCUGAUUUCCAGCCCAUUACCGGUGUGUGUGUGUCAGAUGAGCUCAUCAUGGGUGAAGCAUUCACACACACGCAGCGCUGCGGGAAACAUCUGCGACUUCUGCUCUUCAUCCUGCUGCCAUGUGUGUGCGGCCUCAUCUGUGUGUGUGUGCUGCUGCUGGCGCUCACAGGUUUAUUUGGGAAUGGCCUCCUGGAUGCUGGAUCUUCUUUGCCCUCUAACAGCACUGACCCCGGGCCGAUGAUGUCCGACAACGGGACGAUGGCUCCGCAGUCCGGCACGCAGCAGGUCCUGACUAACACCCCUCCACAGUGGGACUCGGCACACUGGAUGCCUCGUGCAGACACCUCUUCGUCCUCAUCCUCAUCCUCGUCUCCAUCGGUGGACCCCACUGCUGCGGCCGCUGUGGACCGGUGGACGUCUGUCUCCACGGUGACCAGCAUCCGCGCAGACGCUGGGUUAUGCUUUGACAUCACGGAGAUUCAGUGUAACAUGCUGCCGUACAACCAGAGCGGAGUGUUGCCAGGGACAACGGUCGUCAAGAGCAGCGAGCUGCAGAUGUUCCUGAAGUUCUUCAGUUACCUGAAUCAACUGUCCUGCUAUAGACACAUCAUGCUGUUCGGAUGCUCCAUCGCACUCCCACAAUGCAUCAGCCACAGAGACCGCAGGAAUCUGGUUCUGCCCUGUCAGUCGUUCUGCGAAGCGGCUCGUGAGGGCUGUGAGCCUGUGCUGCAGAUGUUUAACGCAUCCUGGCCGGAGUUCCUGCGCUGCUCUCAGUUCACCAACAACACGGGAACGAAUGCCGAAAACACGCCGCUCUGCUACACGCCGCGACACGCCAAAGGAAAGCUCUCUGCGUGUGGAAGAAGCGAUCACUUCCUGUGUGCGACCGGAAUAUGCAUCCCCCUGAAACUAGUGUGCAAUGGAUACAACGACUGCGACGACUGGAGCGACGAGGCCGAUUGCACUUGUGCGGAUGGUCAGUAUUUGUGUACUACCGGUCGCUGUAUCAGUCCUGAUCUUCGGUGCGACGGCUACGAUGACUGUGGUGAUCUGAGCGAUGAGCAAAACUGUGUGUGUGACCCGACUGAAGAGCAUCGCUGUGGAGAAGGACGCUGUAUUCCUCGAGACUGGCUCUGUGAUGGAGAUCACGACUGUCUGGACAAAAGUGAUGAGCUGAACUGCUCGUGUAAGUCCCAGGGUUUAGUGGAGUGCAGGAACAAGCAGUGUAUUCCCAGCGCCUUCCGCUGUGAUGGUGAAGAUGACUGUAAAGAUGGCAGCGAUGAAGAGAACUGCACACAACAACAGACUCAGGGUUUGUGUCCUCCUGGUCAGUCCAGUUGUACUUCAACCUCCUGCUCCUCUGGUUGUCAUGGAAACACGUCAUGUGACCUGCGCAAUGCUGGCAACAACUGCAGUGGCUGUGAGCCCAUCUCUCUGGAGAUCUGCAUGAAUCUGCACUAUAACUCCACCAGAUUCCCCAACUAUCUGGGUCAUCACUCUCAGAAGGAGACGUCCAUGAGCUGGGAGUCCUCGCUCUUUCCUGUGCUCGUUCAGACUAACUGCUAUAAAUAUCUGAUGUUCUUUGCGUGUACGGUGCUUGUGCCGAUGUGUGACCCUGUAACGCAGCAGAGAGUGCCGCCCUGCAGGUCUUUGUGUAGGAAUUCAAAGGAGCGAUGUGAAUCAGUGCUAAGAAUUGUGGGAUUACAGUGGCCUGAGGAUACAAACUGCACUCAGUUUCCAGAAGAAGGUCAAGAAAAUAGUUCCUGUUUGCUUCCUGACCCAGAAGUGAAUGAGUGCUCACCCAGUCACUUUAAGUGCCGCUCGGGGAGAUGUGUCCUCUCUUCCAAACGCUGUGAUGGACACACAGACUGUGACGACGACAGUGACGAGGAAACAUGCGGGUGUGUGGAGCGGGGCUUAUGGGAAUGUCCUGGAGACAAAACCUGCAUCCGUCACAACAUGAUCUGUGACGGCUUUCCUGACUGCAGCCAGCAGGAGGACGAGAAGAACUGCUCUGUGUGCAGCAGUCAUGAGAUGGAGUGUAAUAAUCAUCAGUGUGUUCACCGAUCGCUGUGGUGUGACGGCAGGAGACACUGCUCUGACAGCUCAGACGAGUGGAACUGUGUGUCUCUGUCUGACGAGGGUUUGGUAACUGUGCAUAAGGCUGGGAUGGAGUAUCGGGUUUGUGCGGAUGCAUGGAGUUCAAACCUCAGCAGCGUCGCGUGUACACAGAUGGGUUUAGGAUCUCCUCUCUCUGCAGACGCGGUGCUGGAUGUGUCCUCUGCUGUGGGACGGAGACGCUGGCUGCAUGUCGAUCCAGACUGGAAUCCACAGAACAUGUUUCCUCUACAGGGCCUGCUGGGAAAGCGAGGGCAGAGCUGUACAUCAUCCAAGAAGAUCUCUCUGAAGUGCACAAGAGACAAAUGUGGCCGUCGGCCUGCUGCCCGGAUGGUGAAGAGGAUUCUGGGAGGCAGAACGAGUCGCCCGGGCCGGUGGCCAUGGCAGUGCUCUCUACAGAGUGAGCCCAGUGGACACAUCUGCGGCUGUGUGCUCAUCGGGAACAAGUGGGCACUGACUGUAGCACACUGCUUUGAGGGGCGUGAGAGUACAGACGUGUGGAAAGUGGUUCUUGGCAUCAAUAAUCUGGAUCAUCCGUCUCCAUACAUGCAGUCGCGGCAUGUCAAAAGCAUCAUCGUCCACUCGCGCUACAACCGGGCCGUGGUGGACUACGACAUCAGCAUGCUGGAGCUGGAGUCAGAGGUGGAGGUGACCAGUUACGUGCGUCCCGUGUGUCUGCCCGGCCGCGGACAGCUGCCCAAAGCUGACCAGUACUGCCACAUCACGGGCUGGGGACACGUGGGGAACAGAAUGCCGUUCAAGCUCCAGGAGGGAGAGGUGCGGAUCAUCUCGGUCUCUCAGUGUCAGACUUACUUCGACAUGAAGACCAUCACGUCACGCAUGCUUUGUGCCGGAUACGAGGCGGGAACCAUCGACUCUUGCAUGGGUGACAGCGGUGGUCCUCUGGUCUGCGAGGAGGACGACGGCCGCUGGUCUCUGUACGGUUUGACCUCCUGGGGGUCUGUGUGUUUCUCUAAGGUCCUGGGCCCCGGCGUCUACGCCAAUGUGACACACUUCACCGAGUGGAUCGAGAGACAGAUUUACCUGCGCACGUUUAACCUGCUGUAGGUGAACACACACACACUCAUAAACACACACACACACACUCAUAAACACACACACACACUCAUAAACACACACACACACACACACACACACACACACUCAUAAACACACACACACACAGCUGGAGAUGAACUGCGCUUCACUGCACUGAACAAGGAGAACAAGACUUCUGUGAAUCUGCUACACUGAUCAUUCCGAGAAGAGAGUGUGUGUGUGUGUGUGUGUGUGUGUGUGUGUCAGUUGUUUUGGACUGUAUGACAAGCCUCCAUCAUGGCAGUAGUGUGUCUAUCCGUCCAGAGAGCGAUGUGUUUCCUACACCAGAUGUGUUCAUUAUCAGGCAGCUGCUGUAAACAUGAGGACAGUGACACUACGCUGUUCAACACCACUCUCUUCAGACUGCUGCUUCGCCAGGACAGUAGUUGAGCUGAACCAGAGCCCACGCUGAUGCCAGAUAAAGCCCUUCUCCACUCAAGCUGUGUUAGAUAUUGUGUCCUGAUCCUUUCAGAGCUUCUGUAGCGUCAAGCGUCUGUGAUCACAAACUUCAGAGAAUCACACUAUCAUCUGCUCACUCAUAAACGCCACAGAGUGAAACAGACACGUGUGUGUGUGUGUGUGUGUGUGUCCAGCUUCCUGCAGCUGAAGCACAUCAGCAAAACAACAGCGAUCAUCAGGAGAUGUUCACUUACACUGUUUUGAAACUACACUGAUUUCUGGGUUACUACAUUUAUAAACAGCUAACUAAAAUAAGAAAGUCUAUGUUGAAAGUUCUUCUAACCGUGACACGAGGAGGGAAUCAGAUUUACUCUGAUAUCUGAGCUGUAAUCUGUCUCUGUAGACGCUGUUCUUCAGGGCUGUAGUGUGUAGAUCGUGCUGCAGGUGUGUGUCUCUGAAACACACUUCACUAUUUCACUAUUUCACUCUGGGUCAAAGGGCUCCUGCUGCUCACUUUCCUCUCUGUGUUCUCUCUGCUGCUAUUGGCUGGUUCUGUAAAUGGGCGGGACCUUCGAAGCCAAUGAUGUUCUCUGAUGUUUGUGUUGUUGAUGCAUUCUGGGAUUCUUUCAGACGGAUGCUGUGCUUCUCUUGUGUGUUAAACGUGUUUGUGUUUUACUAUUAUCUCGCUUCGUAUGACUGUGUCACAAGCUUCUGUCUUCAGUGCAACAUUCCGUCUGUUUUCAUUUUUUAAAGAAUAUUUUUCUACUGAUUUUGUGCACAUAAAGCAGUAAAUCUUAACUCUGAUGUACUAUGUUUUUAAUUCUCUGUAAAUACAGUUCACAUUUGUGUAAAAAUGUGCAUUAAAAAUUUCUAUCCAUGUUAA